CAAGAGCUCAACUAUGUUUAGCGUUAGUUUGAGAGAAGUCUGUGCGGUUUAACAGGGAUAGCUCUAGCUGCAGAAGAUGAAAAAGCUUUGCUUAUGCGAGAUCUGUAGCUGUGGCCGUCAUCGUUGCUGCCGCAAGCCCACAGCACUCUACAUCAAGGGAAACACAGGGUCAUGCAUACAGACAGAGUACUUGGAGAAAUUCCCGGUCUACAAAGGAGUCUACAACCCUCCUCAAAGCCUGAAACCCAAGCAAGAACCGGAUCCAACCUGUGAUAAGGGAAAAAUGGAUGGAACCACAACAUUCAAAACAGACUUCAUGCCUCAUGAAGUGAAGAGGCGCCCUGGACGUCAGCCAGUCAAGUACAAGCCUAAUUCAGGGAAAAUUGAUCUGAGGACGACGUAUAAUCUGGACUUCCAUCCCCGUGAGCCCGAACCGGUUGUCCCGAUCAGGCCCAGGGAGAAAACAUAUGUGGUGAAAGCAAAUCUGGACACCAUCCCCACCUACAAAGACGAUUUCAGGCAGUGGGAGAUCUGUAAGCAGGAGAUAACCAAGCCUGAACACAACUACCAGCCUCCCUCAACCAAGUUUGCCAAUUCCACCACCUUCCAAGAUGAUUUUGUCCGGAAAGUUUUUCCUCAGCGGGAGAGCUUUAAACCCCCCAACGUUGCUAAGCUGUCGGACAUUCCCUUUGAAGGUUUGACCUCCAAUCAGCUGACCUUUGUGCCCCACACAUUAGAGCCACGCUUCGUUCGGCCCAAGGAGACAUACAAACCCAGCAGCCAGCCCCUGCAGGACAUCACCACGAACCGCCAAGACUUCCAGGGUCUUCCGGGGGAUCUCCCGCAGAGCUGCAAGCCUCGCCCUAACAAGUAUUCGUCUCUGGCUGCAUCUGCAAUGCCCUUUGAGGGCAACACAGAGAGCAAGGACAGAUUUAAGGAAUGGCCAAUCUCCUUGCCUCAACUACACAAAGCGGGGGAAUAUGUCAGUCCCACUGACCAUAUGGAGCUGAGCACAACCACCACUUCAGAUUAUAUCAGACAUCAAGUCCAGCCCUUCAUCUCAGCCAGGCCCUACUUACCACCGAAGAAGUCAGUCAUUCCCUUUCAGAAUUGCACUACCAUGCGAGAGGACUACCAACCUUGGAGGGCUGAUGUGCGGCAGCCUAUCAAGACGUCUGACGAAAUGCAUAAAGCCAGUGGAAAGAUAGAGAACCUCACCACCUUCAGGGCUCACUUUACACCUCAUGAGCUGAGGCCAAAUGUCAGCUUUAAGCCAGCUAACCAGCCUAUGAGAGACGAUGUCCCAAUGGAGGAGUCUACCAUGUAUCGCACAGAGUUCAUCCCAAAGAGGAUCAGUGCAUGUCCUGCAACCUUUGAGUCACCUCCAGGGUACAUGUAUGAAGACACUGAUAAUGAAGGACACAAGUACUUCAGGAAAAUGUCAUCCAAUGACAGCCACCAGAAGGAAAGAGACAGUGCAGUGUCCAUGCAGAGGGCUGUGGCAGUGCUGUAA